CAGGUCGUCAACUCCCCGCACAAAGCCGCGCUCUCGCAUGAGCUCGUCGCUGCCGCUGCCUCCUACGAGGCCAUGAAGGCGUACGAGAAGCACGUCCAGGCCCAGGGCCACCCCGACAGCCACGCCAAGGCGAAGGAGCUCAUCGCAACAUUCAGCGGCGGCUUCGUCGACCGUAUGGUCGAGACCAAGGGCCUCGACUUCAUCGACAAGCAAAAGGCAAAGCACCAGGCGACU